ACUCGCUCGCCGGUGACGAAACGACUCUCCCUCCUCGUCGUUCUCUUUCCAUGUUCACCGACCACCGAAGCGACCAACACCGGAUUAGUCUCCCUCGAUCGUACAUGCGAUUUCCUCCGAGAUCCAGCUGAGCGGUCUGGCGAUGGCGAUUCUGUACGCGGUGGUCGCCAGGGGGACUGUCGUCCUGGCGGAGUUCAGCGCCGUCACCGGCAACACUGGCGCAGUGGCGCGUCGGAUCCUCGAGAAGCUCCCCUCGGAGGCGGACUCCAGGCUAUGCUUCUCGCAGGACCGCUACAUCUUCCACAUACUGAGAUCGGACGGCCUCACCUUCCUGUGCAUGGCCAACGACACCUUCGGAAGGAGGAUUCCUUUUUCGUACUUGGAAGAUAUUCACAUGAGAUUCAUGAAAAAUUAUGGCAGAGUUGCACACUAUGCUCCUGCUUAUGCAAUGAAUGAUGAGUUUUCAAGGGUUUUACAUCAGCAAAUGGAAUUCUUCUCCAGUAACCCCAGUGCAGACACUCUGAAUCGGGUCCGAGGUGAAGUAAAUGAGAUUCGCACUAUAAUGGUGGAAAAUGUUGAGAAGAUACUGGAAAGAGGUGACCGAAUUGAGCUACUUGUUGACAAGACUGCUACAAUGCAAGAUGGUGCAUUUCACUUCAAGAAACAGUCCAAGCGUCUUCGUCGAGCUCUAUGGAUGAAAAACGCGAAGCUUUUGGCAUUACUAACAUGCUUGAUUCUUGUUCUGCUAUACAUUAUUAUUGCUGCUUGUUGUGGAGGCAUCACUCUACCCAACUGCAGAUCUUAACCUCUAUAGUUGCUGGUGUUGAUCACCGGUAAGUAUACAUGCCAUGCCAUGGGUGAUAUUUGGAUCGUAUCUGCUGGUCCUGCUUGUAACUUGAGGAGUGCUAAAAAAGAAUUACAAUGUACAACUGUCUCUGAUAAAUGUCACCUUGGCGGGAGGAAUUGUUCUGGUUUUUUGGGGAAUCUGAUGGGGGUUCAUCGCUUCCAUUAAGUUCUGAUGAGUUAUAUGAUGUAUUUUCACGGGGCAUCUCUACAUUAAUGUAAAUAAUGUACUUGUUUAUAGCCGACAGUCAAGCUUUUGCCUUUUGCAUUCUUAUGAUAUGAGAUGGAUUGUGCAAAACAAGUUCUAUGAAGAAUAAGUUUUCUUCGUUUUUUCA